AUGGCAAGUAUUACCAUUUUCCUUUAUCCUAGCUAUUUCCGCCAUAUAUUUACCCCAAUUUCAUCAAAUAAGAACACCAGCAUCAACAGUAUUGAAAUAAAGAACAAGACAGCCAUAAUAGAGUUCAUCCUGGUUGGUCUAUCAGCAACAACAUACAUUCAGAUCAUUCUCUUCUGCAUAUUUGUAACUAUCUAUGUUACAGCCCUAAGUGCCAACUUCAUCCUCAUCCUCACCAUAUGGACUUUCAGGAAACUCCACACACCCAUGUAUUUUUUCAUUGUCAAUUUGUCCUUAGUGAAUGUAUUCUCUAUUUCAAUUACAAUACCUAAAUUGCUCCAGAGUCUCUUGACUGGAAGGAAGACCAUCUCAUUUCAUGGUUGCCUUACUCAGGCCUAUAUGUUUAUAUGGGCUGUAGGGACAGAACUUCUACACCUCUCCUUUAUGGCUUUUGAUCGCUAUGCUGCUAUCUGUCACCCUUUACAGUAUCCCAUGAUCAUGAGGAAGGAAGUGUGUGCUUGCAUAGCUAUUGGAGUGUGGAUGGUAGGUCUAGUUAAUACUUCAACUCAUUCUGGAUUGUUGAAUCAGCUGUCAUUUUGUAACUCCAAUGUUAUCAAUCAUUUCUUUUGUGACCUUCCCCCUUUAUUGCAUCUCUCAUGUUCAGAUCCAACUCUAAAUGUCUUUGUCUUAUCUGCUUCAGAUUGGAUAUUAGGAGUUGGUUGUUGUGGGUUCACUUUAACAUCUUAUUUUUUUAUAAUAAGAACAAUCUGCAGAAUCCGUUCCACUGAAGGGAAGAAGAAAGCAUUCUCCACUUGUUCCUCACAUUUUAUUAUAGUCAGUAUUUUUUACUCUUCUGUAAUCUAUACUUAUAUCAGGCCAUAUUCAGCCUACUCUCCAGAACAAGAUAAGAUUGUUGCUCUCCUUUAUUCAGUGGUAACUCCUCUUGGUAAUCCAGUCAUAUAUUCACUGAGAAACAAGGAUUUUAAGGAAGGAUUGAAAACACUUACAGGAAGAAUCCGGCUGCUCAGUAGGCUUCAAUACUGAGAAAACAAAAAUACGUUAACAAAACUACCUAAUAGAAGCCAACACAUUCUACAUAAAUAGAACAGUUUUUCAUUUUAUACAUUUGUAUCUCUAAAUUCUACUAUUCUAUUCUAUUCUGUUGUCCAUAUAUAAUGACUGUAUUUAUUUCUCUAUAUGUGGAUUUAAUAAUUCUGAAACUAAGUAAAUACUGGGAAAAACUUAUAGAUGCUUAAUAUUUUUCUCUAUGUUUGAAAUAUAGAGCUCUGCGUAUGAUUUCACUCAAAAGGGAUCCUCACGAAUAUACAGUCAUUUAUGCCUAUGGUUUUUCCUACUUAGAUUUCUAGUGAAAGUGCCAUGCUUACCACAAAGUAUCAUCUGAGUUGGGGUAGCAGGUUUCAGAAUGCAUAUCUUGUGUCCUUAUGGUAUGUACUCCAGUAUUAAUAAACACUGAGUAGGAAGCUUAUAUUUAUUGUAUAUUCAAAAACAUCAACAAACCUCUUC